CACACGCUUCCAUUCCAUAGUUCCAUUUCACACACAAGUCUACCGGCUCCGGCUCCGGCUCCGGCUCCGGCACCCUCUCCUCCUGCCCCUCGCAUUUCACCCUCAACCUGCUGCUCCCAUACCUCCUGGCUUCAGUGCAGUGAUCAGCCUCUGAACUCUCUCUCUCGCUCGCUCACACGCACACAGCGUCUGGCCACCGACGCUCCUAGUACAGUGAUCCAUGGCGGAGGGCUAAGCUCCGGUUGCUGAUUUUCUUGGCCUGGACGACGCAAAGUAACUGCUACCGCCGGUGCCGUUCUUGCUGGGGAGGGAGCGGAAGGGGCAUAAGAUAGAUGAAGAUGAAGACGCUGGCGUGCUGCCGGCGGCGGCCGCAGGACUUCAGCAUCGACAUGGACCAGGAGCCAGACAGGGUGAUGACUUACAAUGGCCUUGAGAGCUGUAUCAUCAACAGUAUCUCUUAUGAUGAUGAUAGUGGCCUUAGCGCAACAACGGGAGCAGAUGGCUGUGUAACCACUGAUUCUCUUGAUGAUGAAGUCUCAAGUUGCUCCUCAAGUAAAGAUGUUUCUAGCUCUUCAUUCUCUUCACAAUGCCAUCAGCUGAGCAAGCAAGAGGAGCAUUCACUUUAUGAGCUGGAUACACUCAGUGCUGUCCAUCUACUUCCUGUCAAAGAGAAGAAGCCAAUCACAUAUACCUUGAGUGCUUCAGAUAUUGAAACCAUGAAGGAGAAGUUUGGGAAGCUACUGCUUGGUGAUGAUGCUUCUGGAGGAUCCAGAGGUGUUUGUGCUGCCCUGGCCUUGUCGAAUGCCGUAAUUAAUCUCUCAGCUACUAUAUUUGGAGAACUGUGGAAGCUGGAACCACUGUGUGAAGAGAAAAAGAUCAGAUGGCGAAAGGAAAUGGACUGGUUGCUUUCUCCUACAACUUACAUGGUUGAGCUGGUUCCUACAAAGCAAAAUGGAGCAGAUGGGUGCACGUUUGAGAUUAUGACUCCGAAAGCACGUUCAGAUGUUAAUGUGAACCUUCCUGCCCUUCAGAAGCUUGAUUCCAUGCUAAUUGAAGCGCUGGAUUCAAUGGUGGACACGGAGUAUUGGUAUGUGGAGAGUGGUAGCCGAGCUAAUGGCCGGAGUAAAAAGAAUGGUCUGAGGCAGAACAAGAAGUGGUGGCUCCCAUCACCUCGUGUGCCAGAUUCAGGGCUGUCUCAAUUUCAGAGAAAAAGGCUUGUUUUUCAGGCUAAACUGGUUCAUCAAAUCCUCAAAGCUGCAAUGUCAAUCAAUGAACAAGUCCUGCUUCAGAUACCUAUUCCUGCCGCUGUUAUGGGUGCUCUUCCAAAGUCUGGCAGAGCUAGCUUGGGUGAAGACCUGUAUCAUGCUAUAACCACAGAGUAUAUUCCCAUAGAGGAAAUAUUUGUCUCCCUCAGUUUGAAAACAGAGCAUUCCGUGCUCGAGACUAUGAACCGGUUGGAGGGUGCGGUUUUUGCAUGGAACCAAAGGAUCGCGGAGGAAAAAAACAAGAAGUCCCCGGGACGUCAUUCCUGGAAUUUCAUGAAGGAUAGUUCAUCAGAACUCGAUAAGAUGUCCAUGUGCAUAGAAAGGGUUGAAACUCUUAUCCAGCUUCUAAAAUCCAGAUUUCCGAACCUUCCCCCAACAUUUAUAGAUGUUGUGAAGGUCCAAUACAAUGUGGACGUGGGGCAUGCCAUUGUGGAGGCCUACUCGAGGGUCCUUGUUGGGGUAGCAUUCAGCAUACUGUCCAGGGUAGCAGAGAUUCUGCUGGAGGAUGACCUGAUCAAGAAGCCCAACACCCCCCUGGCCACCCUCAAGUUCGACCUCUCCUCCGACGUGUACCUCGCCGGCGUCACCGAGACGCCGCCGGGCCACAUCCGGCGGUCCCUCAUGGACCAGAUCAGCCUCGUCGACGGCAGCCUCGACGCGGUCGUCAAGAAGAAAGGGGUGAAGCAGCUUAUGUGGUGAAAGGGACACGAACGAAGCUGUGCAGUUCUUUUGUUUUUCCUUUUUUUGGGGGGCGUUGUACAGGGCCGUGACGAUGCAUCGUGCAUGCUGGGCUGCGUGCUGGCUACACUACAUUAGUUGGGGUUCAGUUCACCUUUUGCUAAUACGUCCUGUGUUGUGGAUCGGGCUAGAAUAGUGUAUGGUAAAACAGCUAGCGUUGGCCGCAAAUGACGCAUCGUGUUCUUUCUGUUCGCGAGACCGGACACUGACGUUUGCAGUGAUCAGAUCGUGCCGUUGCAGUGCGUUCCGUAUUG